UACGUGACUAAUAUGUGGUGUUUGAAAAUAUCAGCGGGCAGUUGACGCUGUCAGUGAGAGAGAGGGCUGGACGAGUUAAUCAGCGGCAUGGCUAGCCUCGGGCUAACGUUAGCUGCGGCUAGCUGCACCCAGAGUAGAGAAACAGCCAGCGAUCAACUCACCCGAUACACCCUCCCUCCGUGUAGCUUACCCAAGUGAUGGCUCUGUGCUCUUCGCUAUACGCCGCUUGAUAUAAACGACAGUCACAACUUUGUCAAGAACAGGCUAAUUACUCUUUUAUACCAGUUUAUCCCAAAGGGACUGCGCGCCUUUCUGAUUUCAGCCGGUGAUAAAUGCGUUUUAUUUGAACCAUGAAACCGCAGCUGCCGCAUACCUUUUGUCAUGAAAAUACUAUCCACGGGUUAGGUCGAGACAACAUCUGCUCAUACUUGUAUUAUAACGCCGGCUCUCUCUCUCUCUGUGUCUGUGUGCAUUAAUAUCGGGAGGUGACCGGUUCAAGCCAGAAUUAUAGCUAGCUUAAUUGGCUUACAGUAGCAGCUGAGUGGCGGUUAGCAGCCGAGCAUCGCAGCAUCCACUGGGCUUUCCUUAAGUUGCUGGUUGGGACUAAUUAAGAGGAUGGUUAUCCUAAUUGAUAAAGGCGUGUUGUUUGGCUGUACGCGUGCCCCUGGAUCAUAUUGAUUGCACCCCCCCGCCCCCACCUUGAGAUCCGGCAGCUGGUAGAAGGGCAUUUUUUUAUCUCCAGUGUGCACGGCAGAAAUAUUUUAGUUGUUUACUUGAGAGACGGCACAGAGAAAGACGAGUAUAACACACUGCUAUACUGAGCCACAGUCCUGAUCCAUAGGGACCAAGACAUAGUGGAGGUAGAAAAGAUACUGUACAAAGAGCAGAAACAUCAUUUCAGUGCUGUCUGAUGGGAAGAUGGGGGGAAAAAUAUAGCUUGAAAUUACAAGAAUAAAAAGCCUAAUUUCUUUGUGUAUUUGUGCUUCUCAUCUCCAAUAGCUGACUGAAACCAGUAAACUACACGUUCACACAUCUAUAGAAAAGGAAUUUGGACUUGUGUGUCACUCCCUGUUAUAAAUUCACCAUAUUUUAAACAGAAUCAGAAAGAUUAGUGACACAGGAAGAGGCCUGUUGUUGUAGUUUCUCCUUCACAUGCCUGCUGGCAGCCAACCACUUUGCUUCAAUGGAGAAUUGCAGCAGCAAAAGAACAAAUUGUAGAGGCCGCCCUUACCUCAGCAUCACCUGGGAGAUAGCCUAGCUUAGCGCAGCCCCGCUAGCUAGUCCGUGACCCCUCCCCAACCCCGUCUCUCUCCCUCUGUGUCACACACAACACCCCUGCCUUCCCCCUUAUACUUUUUCCCAAGCAAGUUGACAUGGCAUCAGUGCGCUUCACGGUGACACCCACCAAGGCGGAGGACCUCCCGGGGCUGUCCGACACGUCGCCUGACAUCAGCUCCCGCUCCGGCGCCCGCGUGCGCUUUGGCUCCAGGGAGAGCGUCAAUCGAAGUGACCCGCUCAGCGAUGCGUCGGGAGGCGGGACAGGAGGAGGAGGAGGGGGCGACACGUCGGAGCUCAGCAGUGUGGAUCAAGGUGAUGGAAAUUCCAAAAUCUCCAGUGUGUACAUCAACAACACUCACGGGAUGGAUGACGAUGACUUCUAUGACAGAAACUUGGCCUUAUUUGAGGAGGAGAUGGACACCCGGCCAAAGGUGUCUUCUCUGCUCAGUCGCCUGGCCAACUACACCAACCUAACGCAGGGGGCCAAGGAACACGAGGAGGCCGAGAGCAUCGGCGAGAAGAAGAAAGCCAGCAAGUCGCCACAGAUGGGGACGUUUAUGGGUGUUUACCUACCUUGCCUCCAGAACAUCUUUGGCGUCAUCCUGUUCCUGCGGUUGACCUGGGUGGUGGGGUCUGCUGGGGUGCUGCAGGGCCUCUGUAUUGUCUUCAUAUGCUGUUGCUGUACGUUGUUGACUGCGAUAUCGAUGAGUGCAAUCGCCACUAAUGGAGUUGUACCAGCGGGAGGCGCCUACUUCAUGAUCAGUCGCUCUCUGGGUCCAGAGUUUGGGGGGGCGGUGGGCCUGUGUUUCUACUUGGGCACCACCUUCGCUGGAGCCAUGUACAUCCUGGGAGCCAUCGAGAUCCUUCUGAUGUACAUCGCACCUAAGGCAGCCAUUUUUGUGGCAAAGUACCCUGAAGGCGAAGGGGCGGCCAUGUUGAACAACAUGCGGGUCUACGGCUCCAUCUGUCUACUCCUGAUGUCCCUGCUCGUCUUCGUGGGCGUGAAGUACGUCAACAAACUGGCCUCCAUCUUCUUGGCCUGCGUCAUCAUCUCCAUCGCUUCCAUCUACAUCGGAGCACUGGUCUCCGCCUUCAAACCGCCAGAUUUCCCCGUGUGCAUGCUGGGAAACAGAACCAUCAGCGGCCAUGAGAUUGACAAGUGUGCGAAAACCAUCCCGCCGCCGAUCAAACAGCCAGUUGAGAGAGUUGAGGCAAACUUCACAGUUAUUGAAGGAAACAGCACUGUGGACCCGAUCUUUGACCCCAGCCCUGCUCCUGUUCUGGUGGAGAGGACCACAAAUCUGUGGAAGCUGUUUUGUCAGAGCCCAGAACUCAACGCCUCCUGUGACGAAUACUUCAAGUCUAACAAUUUUUCCGAGAUUGAAGGGAUCCCCGGUCUGGCCAGUGGGAUAAUUUCAGAGAACCUGUGGAGCUCCUACCUCAGCAAAGGGGACGUGGUGGAGAAAGGCUCCCUUGACUCGUCUCAUAUCGCACAUCCGGCAUCCACUCAGCAGCCUUAUGUGUUUGCUGACAUCACCACCUCCUUCACACUGUUGGUGGGCAUCUUCUUCCCCUCUGUCACAGGAAUCAUGGCUGGGUCUAACCGGUCGGGGGAUCUGAAAGACGCCCAGCGCUCCAUCCCCAUUGGAACCAUUCUCGCCAUCCUCACCACCUCCUUCGUCUACCUGAGCAGUGUUGUUUUGUUCGGAGCCUGCAUCGACGGGGUCGUCCUCAGAGACAAGUUUGGAGAUUCUGUUAAAGGGAAUCUGGUGGUGGGGACUCUGGCUUGGCCCAGUCCCUGGGUUAUUGUGAUUGGCUCUUUCUUCUCAACAUGUGGCGCAGGCCUCCAGUCGCUGACAGGCGCUCCCCGACUUCUACAAGCCAUUGCAAAGGACAACAUCAUCCCCUUCCUGCGGGUGUUUGGCCACGGGAAGGCUAAUGGGGAGCCCACCUGGGCCAUGCUGCUGACGGCGCUGAUAGCCGAGCUAGGGAUCCUCAUUGCCUCUCUGGACCUGGUGGCUCCCAUCCUUACGAUGUUUUUCCUGAUGUGUUAUCUGUUCGUGAACCUGGCCUGUGGCCUCCAGACCCUCCUGAGAACGCCCAACUGGAGGCCGCGCUUCUCCUAUUACCACUGGACCUUGUCAAUUUUGGGGAUGACUAUCUGCCUGGCGCUCAUGUUCAUAUCCUCUUGGUACUACGCAAUCGUUGCCAUGGUGAUUGCCGGCAUGAUCUACAAGUACAUUGAAUACCACGGAGCGGAGAAGGAGUGGGGGGAUGGGAUCCGCGGUCUCUCGCUCAGUGCUGCCCGUUAUGCCCUCCUGAGGUUGGAGGAGGGACCGCCACACACCAAAAACUGGAGACCUCAGGUGUUGAUCUUACUAAAACUGGACGAGGACGCCCAUGUCAAGUCUCCUCGCCUGCUGACGUUUGCCAGCCAGCUGAAGGCGGGGAAGGGCCUGACCAUCGUCGGCACAGUCGUCUCCGGCAACUUCCUACAAAGCUACGGCGAGGCUCUCGCUGCCGAACAGACUCUUAAGCACCUGAUGGAUAAGGAGCGGGUGAAGGGCUUCUGUCAGUGUAUCGUGGCUCAGAAGCCGCGUGAAGGCAUCAGUCACAUGAUCCAGUCCAGCGGCCUGGGAGGAAUGAAACCGAACACUGUGGUGAUGGGCUGGCCUCACGCCUGGAGGCAAAGCGAGGACCCGCAGGCCUGGAAGACCUUCAUCAACACAGUGCGGGUGACCACAGCCGCCCACCUGGCCCUGCUGGUGCCCAAAAACAUCUCUCUGUUCCCCAGCAACAGUGAGCCCUGCACAGAUGGCUACAUCGACGUCUGGUGGAUCGUCCAUGACGGGGGGAUGCUAAUGCUGCUGCCCUUCCUGUUGCGCCAACACAAAGUGUGGCGUAAGUGUUCGAUGCGAAUCUUCACAGUGGCCCAGAUGGAGGAUAAUUCCAUCCAGAUGAAGAAGGAUCUGGCAACCUUCCUUUAUCACCUGCGCAUUGAGGCUGAGGUGGAAGUAGUUGAGAUGCACAACAGUGAUAUCAGCGCAUACACCUAUGAAAGGACCCUGAUGAUGGAGCAGAGGUCUCAGAUGCUCAGACAGAUGCGACUGUCUAAGUCCGACCGGGAAAGAGAGGGAAAUCCUGGUAGCAGCAGCAGUAGGCCAGAGGCAGGUGGAGCUACAAGGUCUCAGGCCCAACUGGUGAAAGACCGUAACUCCAUGCUGCGGCUGACGAGCAUUGGAUCAGACGAUGACGAUGACACUGAUGGUGGAGAGCGAGACAGGGCGGUGAGCACGGGCGGAGGCAGCGCCGAGCAUCAUCGCCGAGUCCAGAUGACCUGGACCAAAGAGAAGACCUCGCAGUACAGAGCCACGCACUCGGGCUGCUCCACACCCGAGGGCUUCAGAGACAUGCUCAGCAUCAGGCCGGACCACUCCAACGUCAGGCGGAUGCACACCGCGGUCAAGCUCAACGAGGUCAUUGUCAACAAGUCCCACGACGCCCGGCUUGUCCUGCUCAACAUGCCGGGACCCCCCAAGAACACGGAGGGAGACGAGAACUACAUGGAGUUCCUGGAGGUUCUGACAGAAGGACUAGAGCGCGUCCUGUUGGUCAGAGGUGGAGGAAGUGAAGUCAUCACCAUCUACUCCUGAUUGGACAAACAGAGGAAGCCAGUGUUAAAGAAGCAACCAAUCACGCAGAAGUGAAGCGGAGGGAGACAGUGGGGGGGCCUGUGAGCUCUGGGGGCAUGGGCCCAAAAAGAGAGACCCUCAUUGGCUGCAGCGUCAGUCAUCACGCCCUAACGCCCACCCUUCAGCCACCUUUUCCUUUCAUCCUUCUCACACUUUUCUGCCAUGACAAGGGUUUCCAUUCCACUUAUGUCGAGCUACAGAAAUGCCAACACAAAUCGAGGAACGAGCAAAUAACAAAGUGAUCAGCUGUGUGUGUGUGUGUGUGUGUGUGUGUGUGUGUCGUCCACCUAAAGGUUCGGUUUUUUUUAGAGGGGGACCAGUGUUGUGUUCAGACAGUGGACCAGUGAAUGAGAAGUAUGAAACGUAGAGUGCGAUUGUCUGUGAAGCGUCCCACAAACGGAGCACUUGUUCCACUGACGAGACUCAGGGUUGCUUUUUGUACAGAAUGUAUUUUGGAAGCAGGUGUGAGUGCUAUGAGAGGAGGCUGAACUGAACGUCUGAAUUAAGUGUUUAUUUGUCUUUUUUUCUCUUUGACGACACAGUAACGUUUAUUCCAAUACUACAUAAAAACUGGAAAAGUAACACUGCAACAAGGGAAGUGGGAGGUCUCUAGUUUUAAACCUGCUCAGUGGUUCAUUUAAGGAAAAUCUGUAUUCUUUUGUGCUGUUUCCUUACUUGGAAGUGUAUCACUUUUAAGAAGACGAAAGGCAAAAAUGGUUAAUGUUUAUUGAACAAUAGUUUUUAGGUUUUUUUUUUUUUU